AUGUGCAAGCACAUCCUCAACGCCCAAGUCUCCAUCCGCUCCCCCUGCUGCAAGAAGUGGUUUGACUGCGCAGAAUGCCAUGCCGAGCAGACCAACCACGCGCUCAUGCAGACGUUUGACAUGACCUUCAUCUGCAAAAAGUGCAAAAAGGCCUUUCGCAAAGACGCGCGCGAGUUCGAGGAUGCCGACGAGUACUGUCCCCACUGCGACAACCACUUUGUCCUCGAGGCCAAGACCCCAAAGGCCUCGCUGCAGGUAGAGGGCGAAGACGUGCGCAAAGACUCCCGGUAUGCCGCCACCCCGCCAGCCCACCACGGCACUGCAGUAUCCUAUCUAACCACGCCCGCCCGCAGAAUGCUCAAGGACGACCGUGUGCGCAGCGAGCAGCUCCCCAGCAUCUCCGACGUCAAGGAAGCCUCGUACAAGCUCGGCUGA